GACAAUCACCAAUGAAAAAAAGGCAAAAGAUUGCCUUAGAUAAAAUAAAAAAUUUUCCCAACACCUAUAAAUAUGUAUCAUCAUCGCAUCCCCAAGUCAUUCCAACAUUUUCUCUUAAAUCCCUUUUCCAAUUUCAUUCCAAGCAACCAUGGCUGCCUCAUCAAUGGCUCUUUCAUCUCCAUCGUUCGCCGGACAAGCGGUCAAAAUCGCCGGACCGGAAGUUUUCGGUGAAGGAAGGAUCAGCAUGAGGAAGACUGCCGCUAAGCCCAAACCAUCAGCAUCAGGCAGCCCAUGGUACGGCCCAGACAGAGUUCUGUACUUGGGCCCAUUGUCUGGCGAGCCCCCAUCUUACCUCACUGGAGAAUUCCCUGGUGAUUACGGUUGGGACACAGCUGGGCUCUCAGCUGACCCAGAAACAUUUGCCAAGAACAGAGAACUCGAAGUGAUCCACUCCAGAUGGGCCAUGCUUGGAGCCCUUGGAUGUGUGUUCCCAGAGCUUCUGUCAAGAAAUGGUGUGAAAUUCGGCGAGGCAGUUUGGUUUAAGGCUGGAUCACAGAUCUUCAGUGAAGGUGGGCUUGACUACCUUGGCAACCCAAGCUUAGUCCACGCACAGAGCAUUCUAGCCAUUUGGGCUACCCAGGUUGUAUUGAUGGGGGCAGUUGAGGGCUACAGAAUUGCUGGUGGGCCGCUAGGUGAGGUCACUGACCCAAUUUACCCUGGAGGAAGCUUUGACCCACUUGGUCUUGCUGAUGAUCCAGACGCAUUUGCUGAGCUUAAGGUCAAAGAGCUUAAGAAUGGAAGAUUAGCCAUGUUCUCCAUGUUUGGGUUCUUUGUUCAAGCCAUAGUUACUGGAAAAGGGCCUUUGGAAAACCUAGCAGACCAUCUUGCUGAUCCAGUUAACAACAACGCUUGGGCUUACGCCACCAACUUUGUUCCUGGCAAAUAAAUGUACCACUAGUGUGUGAUUGUGUGAUAAGUUGGGUUACCACCAUAUCCGUUUUUAUCAUCUUCUAGUAAUAUUUUGGGUGAUUUUGGUGUACAUUGUAUUUUGCUAUAUAAUUAUCAGAUGAAUGGAAGGUCAAAUUUAUGAAUCUCUAAGUAUUUGAUGACUUUUUA